CACCCACACACACACACACACACUCGGCUUGAUGUGUUUUAUCUGAAGUCUGCACUUUUAUCGUCUCCUUUGCAUAUCACGUGCUUGGCCCUGGCCAAUAACCUCACGAUGUGUGGUGUGCGUUGGUUAUCGUUACUCCGCCGGAGCUCCUGUCUCCGCUCAUUCGAGUGCGUUUUGAAAAAGGGCUGGUCGUCUCAUGUGUAGGACAUGCUAUGACCGCCUCACUGCUGCUGCACUCGCACUGGGUUGACCCGGUGAUGUUCCUCUACGACAACGCUUUGGAGGACAGGAGCAAGAACAUGGACGGAUUCACUGGAGGCAACUUCGCCGCGAACCAGUGCAGGAAUCUGUUGGCGCAUCCGACCUCGCUGGCGCCCAGCACCACCUACACCUCCAGCGAGGUGCCAGCCUCUGGCAUGGGGGAGCCUGGCAAACAGUGCAGCCCCUGUUCCGCCACCCAGAGCUCGCCCAACGCCUCUCUGCCCUACGGAUAUUUUGGCAGCACCUACAGUUACCCGUGCCGGAUGUCACACGGGAGCGUCAAGGCUUGUGCGCAGUCCUCCGGCUACGGCGACAAAUACAUGGACUCACAAGUGUCAGGAGAGGAGUUCUCCAGCAGGGCCAAAGAAUUCGCCUUCUACCAGGGUUACUCCUCCGCCCCGUAUCAGCCCAGUUACCUGGACGUGCCCGUGGUGCCGGCGCUCAGUGCGGCUCCGACCGAGCCCAGACACGAGUCCCUGCUGCCCAUGGAGCCCUCCUACCAGCCGUGGGCCAUCACCAACGGCUGGAGCGGUCAAGUUUACUGCAGCAAGGAGCAGCCACAGUCAAAUCCACUGUGGAAAUCCUCGCUACAGGAGUCCAUAUCUGGGGGAGACAGCUCCAUCCGCCGUGGGAGGAAGAAGCGUGUGCCCUACACCAAGGUGCAGCUGAAGGAGCUGGAGAGGGAGUACGUCACCAAUAAAUUCAUCACCAAGGACAAGAGGAGACGGAUAUCAGCGCAGACCAAUCUGACAGAGAGACAAGUGACUAUCUGGUUCCAGAACCGACGCGUUAAGGAGAAGAAAGUCGUUAAUAAGUUCAAGGGCUCCAGUUAGCGUGGGGACAAGAGGACAGGAGGUGACGAGUGGGACACGGACCAGCUUCAAUUCCUCAGAAACUCUGCGAUAAUUUAUUAUAAUAUGAGACUUUUUUUUCUCCUUUGACGCCAGAUGGGCUCUGCUUUUUACGCACACGGUUCCUUCCUUCCUGUGCAUUUAAUUGGAACCAGAACACGCGGCCUGUUGACAGGAGAUGGAACUGGUUUGAAACACGUUCACCAGGGCUUUUCUGAUGUGGAUGUGUGAUCUUUAAAAAACAAAAACCGAAAAACAAUCCAACAAAUCAAAUCAAACUUUCAGCCUCGAGGUCUUUGAACACAGAUCAUCUCUGAUCGAGUCCAGAAAUUAAACCUGGAAUCUUAGGAUCGAUUGGGACUUUGGUGCCAAGUCGUGACCAUGGCGGAGUACAGGCAAAAGAAAUCUAAAAA